GGAAUUCUCCUCAGUAGAGAAUCUCUGAUCUGGAGAGUCUUUCUGCCACAUAACCGAGAGAAGCGGCGAGCGGAGAAAACGGCGAAGAGACCGGCGAGAUCAGCAUAUCUCCAUUAAUUCAGCUUAGCGGUUGGACCUAAUCAGUGAUUGGCUGGCCUCAGGUCAUGGCUAAAGAUCCACUGGCAGAAGCUGGGCUUCACUUCGAUGAACUUAAUAAGCUACGAAUACUUGAACCUGAUGUUGGUCAGAAGACCACAGAGCUUAAAGAGGAGUGCAAAGAAUUUGUUGACAAAAUUGGCCAGUUUCAGAAAAUAGUGGGUGGACUCAUUGAGAUGGUGGAUGAACUGGCCAAGGAAGCAGAAAAAGAAAAAAUGAAGGCAAUAGGAGCUAGAAAUCUGCUAAAAUCAGUUGUAAAACAGCGAGAGGCCCAGCAGCAGCAGCUCCAGGCUCUAAUAGCAGAGAAGAAGAUGCAGCUAGAACGGUAUCGAAUUGAAUAUGAUGCUCUCUCCAAAGUUGAGGCAGAGCAGAAUGAAUUCAUUGACCAGUUUAUACUGCACAAAUGAGUGUCGUCUUCUGCAUUCUGUCAAAUGGACCGAAAAUAUGAUGCUGUGCAUCUGACUCUCAGUGACUUCCUAAUAAGAAUUGGGACUGAAAUAGGUCAUUUAAUUCACUACACAGAAUUAACAGGUGUCCUUCAUACUUGCAGCCUCAGUAUAUUUACUCUCCUCAUUUAAACUAGUUGAGUGCUUUAUGAUGACCAGCUCCAGCAGUUAAAAUGAGUAACAUAUCUGUACCACCACAUAUCAUCAAUUCAAAUGAACACUAUUUAUACAGAAGAUAUUUAUACUAUUUAUAUAAAAGCUAUUCUGUAAAUCUGAUUUAAUAUGUUUUUUGCUACCAGAAAAAAAAGAAUAUACAGUAUCUGCAUGUUACUGUAAAUAAUCACAUGAUCGGAAGACUUGAGUCUUGUUUUCUGUAUGAUUUAUUUUACCCAUUGUGUUGUGUGCAUUUUAUUGUACUUUACAUUUCCAUUUCUGUCGUCCUUUUUUUAUUUGUUCUUGGGACCACACAAAACAGGUGGUGCAUUAGAAGUUCAGGAAGUUAUAAAACCAAACAGUGCAUUCAUUUACUAUUUGUUUACAGUGCAUUAAUCAGACCUUACACAUGAUAUCAGUGGACCUUAUCACUCUGAGAAGCACCAUGUAAAGGUUAUGUACAUUUGAAUAAAACUAUUUUGCUUA